GCCCCCCUGCCUUACCAGCUUCAUCGAAAGACCGCCCUCUCUGCUUCAUCAACCACUUCUUACGUUUGCCAGUUUCUGAACCUUUCCUACAUUUACGGCAUGGAAGGAUGAAGGUAUACCACGAGCACAGAGUCAUUGCCAAAGAGGAAUCCGCCUAGUGUCAAGCUCCAUCCAACGAUAUAUCUGCCAUCCACGUCUCGACAUCAGCAGACACCCACCAUGGCAGAUCCCGGAUCAUCAAGAACAAGUCCCGACCCACGUACUCGAAAAGAUGACGAAGAACCAUCCAUACGCGGGAAUACCACAUCCCCUACGAACCCUCAGGAGGCGCCACGGGGGUCCCCUUCCCCGGCAGGCGUCCCAGAGGAACAACAACCGCAGUCUCCCGAGCCAGCGCCCGCCGCGCCGCAACCCGUCCCGAAGCUCGAGCCCCCAGGCUUCUUCACCCUGGUAACAAACACGAAAUUCGGCGCCACGCUCGCUCCGGGCGCCGCCGGUCCCUGGCAAUCAACCCGCCAUCCCCGCAUCCACUACAUCUUCGCCGACGACGACCCCGCGACCCUCACCGCAGCCCUCGCCGCCGCCGCCGCCGCCCACGACAGCGACGCGAAACAUCAAGAUCGAGGACAACAAGCCCAGUUGUCUUCCUCUUCGCCCUCGGCUUCGAUAUAUGCACGGGAAGGAGGCGAGGCCCCGGGGAGGAGAAGCAAGAACCACGCUAUUCUGGUCGAUGUCGUCCCUGACACGGCUGAAGGCGACGAUAACGCAGCAGCAGCAGCAGCAGCCGCUGGCGGCGGCGGUGGUGUUAACACCGGUACGCAAUGGCGCGUUGCCUCGGUCUCGAGCCUGAGUCCCGAUUUUGCGGUCACGGAAGCACGGAUCACACGGAUGGAAGAGUCGUCGUCUGCGCUGGCGGCGAUGGAGAGGAGAGGCGGGGGCGGCGGUGGUGGAGCGGGCCUUGGCAGGGGGGGAGAAGAGGAGGAAGUUUCAAACGGAGGGGCGCUGAUGCUGAAGAUUGAGGGCGUGGAGCUGGCGGAGGAGGACGCCGUUGGAGCGGGCCCGGCCGGCUUGCUUUCUUUGUCCGGGACCGUGGAUAAAGAUGCGCCCGACACGAAGGAGGAUUACGGUUCGCUCAUGGAUGAGUUUGAUAAGAAGAUGUCGGUUUUGAGGAAGGUUACCGCUGCUGGGGAGCAAUGGGUGAGAAUGGCGGAGGAGGAUCCGUCUGACGUGGGACCGGAAUUGCAGCCAGGGACGACGAUCUUGGAUACCGAAAAAGAGGAGGACCAGGCAGAGAGGAAGGACUCAUGAGGACUGGAUAGUAUGGGGCACUGCGGGGAAGGGAUAUAUCGAUACACUGCAUUUUUUUUGUACCACACUGCCAGGAUUCCGCUUGGUUAGUAUUGUCUCACUAGAGCCGGGCGUUAAGGGGGUGUUACGGGGGUGUUACGGGGGAUUCAUAAGACCACGCUCAAGAGCAUGGUUGGCCUAAUUUGCGACGAACAAGUUACGAACGCGAUGAACAUAAUUUCCUAACAUCACGGGGUAUUUCUAACCAUGUGCGAUGGAUAUUCUAAACUUCUAUCAAUUCUAUAGGGCUCCCGUCUCGGUCUCGCAACCUGG